AUGCCGGCUCGUCGACGACGCCGAAGGACAGCGAGACUCGGCAGCAACGUCGGGCAGCUAGUUUCGAACGGCGCCUCAAACGAUUCUGUCUCCGAAGGGGAAGGAGAAGAACGGGUGGAUAAAGGUGUCCAGAGGGAGUGGAAGAGGUUUGGGAAAGAAUCGGAAGGCCUUGAGCAGACAGUUCGAAGGCGUAUUUGA